CAUGGGGUAACCUUGGAAAUGUUCUCAAGAGCCAGAGCAAGAUUUCUGAAGCUGAAAGCGCCUAUAGAAAUGCCUUGUACUACCGCAGCAACAUGGCUGAUAUGCUUUAUAAUUUAGGAUUACUACUUCAGGAAAACAGCAGGUUUUCAGAGGCGUUGCAUUACUAUAAACUGGCAAUUGGUAGCAGACCCACAUUAGCUUCUGCCUAUUUAAAUACUGGUAUCAUCCUGAUGAACCAAGGGAAGACAGAGGAAGCCAGGAGGACUUUCCUGAAGUGUUCAGAGAUCCCUGAUGAAAAUCUGAAAGAUCCUCAUGCUCAUAAAAGCUCUGUUACUAGCUGUCUUUAUAACUUAGGAAAACUUUUUCAUGAACAAGGACACUAUGAGGAUGCCCUUACGGUUUACAAAGAAGCAAUACAGAAAAUGCCAAGACAGUUUGCAUCCCAGAGCUUAUACAACAUGAUGGGAGAAGCCUAUAUGAGAAUGAGCCGGUUGCCAGAAGCGGAGCGCUGGUACGUGGAGUCAUUGAGAUCCAAGAGCGACCACAUCCCAGCCCAUCUCACCUACGGAAAACUGCUGGCUCUGACGGGACGCAAGAGUGAGGCAGAAAAGUACUUCGUGAAGGCUAUUCAGCUGGAUCCUACCAAAGGAAACUGCUACAUGCAUUAUGGUCAGUUCCUCCUAGAAGAAUCCCGCCUGAUAGAGGCAGCUGAGAUGGCAAAAAAAGCAGCUGAACUUGAUCAUACAGAAUUUGAUGUUGUUUUCAAUGCAGCCCAUAUGCUCAGACAAGCCAGUCUCAAUGAAGAAGCCGAGAAGUAUUAUGAAAUGGCAGCAGGAUUAAGACCUAAUUAUCCAGCUGCCCUAAUGAAUCUUGGAGCCAUUCUCCAUCUGAAUGGUAAACUGAAAGAAGCUGAAGAAAACUACCUCCUUGCUCUUCAACUUAAACCUGAUGAUGUCAUCACUCAGUCCAAUCUUCGCAAGUUGUGGAAUAUAAUGGAGAAACAAGGUUUGAAGACAUCCAAAACAUGAUGAUGAAAACUCUGAACUUUUUUUUUCUCAUAUUGGUUAAAACCA